CUGGGUGACAGAGUAAGACCCUGUUUCUAAAACAAACAAAAAACAGCUAAAAUGACUUUUUUAAAUGGAACUUUAUAUGUUGAUAGUAGAAUUCACAUGGAAGAGCAAAGUGCCAAUAAUGGCCAAGGCAAUUUUGAAGAAAUACAAAUUUGCAGUCUCUCCUUGACAAAGGUUUUUAUUAUUAACAAGCUAAAGUAAUUAACACAAUGUGAUAUUGCCAAUAUAAAACAGUUAAAUGGGGGUCUGGCCGGGACCUGCACUGCCUCAGGAUGUAAAGUGUAACAAGGGGGUCAGGGUGGGCAGCGUGGGCCUGUGAGGCCUGUGGGUGACCACAUUCCCCAGCUCCCCCCGCAGCUGACUCCGCGGUGGUCUUCUCUGGUUGCCGUGUAUGGAUUCAGGCUCCAGACUGAAGGCUACCUGUUCUCCAGUGCUCCCCACCUCCUGGGUCCCCCAGCUCCCCCUGCAGCCGGCUCCGCAGUGGUCUGCUCCGGUUCCAAACUGAAGGCUAUGUGUUCCAGGUUCUUAUUGUGACCCCAACAGGCUGGGGUUGCUGCGGUGACCACCACCAAAACAGCCUUGGUGCUGUGGAGGAGCCCAGAGCUACCCCUCAGUUGUACCUGGGCCUUGUCUUGGAAGAGCUACCCAGGAUUGGGUCAGCACUGCUAAAAAGUAUGGCAUCAAAUUCUAAUGGUUUUCCAUGGGAAUUAGUAAUAUGGGCAGGUGUUAUUGGAUUUUUUGCUAUUCCCCUUUUUUUGUGGAGAAGUAUCAGAUCAGUUAGGAGUUGGCUUUAUGUGGGAAGAGAGAAAAAUCUUGCUGUAGUGCUUUGUGAACUAAUUGAAAAAAAAUGUAAACUGCUUGAAAAAUCUAGGCGUGUUCAAAAAGAGUAUGAAGACUAUGAAUUAGAGUCAUCUUUAGAGGAUGACAGCUUUGAGAAGUAGGCAGCAGAAGCACAAAGUUUGGAGGCAACCUGUGAAAAGCUUAACAGAUCCAUUUCUGAAAUUGAGGAUGAAAUAUUCUAUCUACAAAAAGAGUUAAAGGAAGAGAGAUCUAAACAUACUGGACGAGAUAAUUUGAUGGCGGAUAUUUCAAAAAUGAUACACUCACUAGAAGAUCACUCAACAUCCCUCAAAUUACAAAUAGCUGAAGCCAAAAUGACUUUCAGCGUAUUUCAAAUGAAUGGAGAACAACUGAAGACAGUAAUAAAAGAUGCUUUGAAUGAAAAUUCUCAACUUCAGGAAAGCCAUAAACAGCUUUUGCAAGAAGCUGCAGUAUGGAAAGAACACGUGAGUGAACUUAAUCAACAGAAAAUAUCAUUUGAAGACUCCAACGUGCACACAGAACAAAUUCUAAUUGAUAAAGAUGAUCACAUCAAGACUGAACACUUGCUGAAGAUAAAAGAUUGGGCUGCUAUGCUUGGAGAAGACAGAACAGAUGAUUGUAACUUGAAAUUGGAAAUGAACAAUGAAUUGGAAAAUGGUGCCUACUUAGAUGAUACUCCAAAAGGAGCUUUGAAGAAACUGAUUCAUGCUGCUAAGUUACGUACUUCUUUAACAACUUUAGAAGAAGAAAGAAACCAAAUUUAUAUUCAGAUAUCCAAAAUUAAUAAAACAAAGAAAGAUCUUAGAGACCAUAUUGAACAUCUUCAGUCUGAACAAGCAUCUUUACAGUCAGAAAACACACAUUUUGAAAGUGAGAAUCAGAAGCUUCAACAGCAACUUAAAGUAAUGACUGAAUUACAUGAAGAAACUGCAAUGAGGCUUUACAAAAAAUUAAUUGUAGAGGAAAAUUACCAGUCAGAGAAUGAAGAGAAGCUUUCUAAAGUAGACAGAAAGAUCAACUAUACCACUGACCAGAUGGAGAACUAUAGAAAGCAAGCCAAAGCUCUUGAAGAAAAGUUGGAAAGAAUGAUUCUGUCUUAUCAAGGGCAGAUGAUUUCCUAUAAGAGAAAAGAAGAUGACAACUGGUUGGCAGCUCAGACUGCUGAAGGAAUCCUCAAUGAUAUCAAGAAAGAAAAUGCUCACAGGAGACAAAAAUUAACUGAAAUGGAGUUUAAAUUCAAAUUUUUACACAAAGAUCCUUCUGCACAUGAUGUUCCAAAUACAGGAUUUGGCAGAAAGCAUUACCCACAUGUUACUGAUAUGAGAAGAGGGCCUCCUUGCCCCCCACCUCCUCCAGGAAUUGGGUUGGGAGUUUCUCCACAUGAUUUUCCACCAAGAAAUUUUGCAGGUCCACCAUAUGCUCCGUUUGCAAUGAGGAAUGCCUAUCCACCCAGGCCAUUUCCUCCUUACCUUCCACCAAGACCUGGAUUUUUCCUUCCUACCCCCAAGUACUGAAGGGAGAAGUGAGAUCCUUGCAGGGUUGAUUCCAUCUUCUAAUGACCCUGCAACUGAACAAAAAUAAUUCAGAUUGAUCUCCACUUUCCUCAGAAUUGAUUCUGCCUUCAAAUGAGCCUGUUAAUGAACAUCCAACACGACAGCAAAAAUCCUGACAGUACUUGAUUCUCUUCCAAAGUAAUUUAGGCUGAUCUUGAGUCCCCUUCCGGGUUGACUCUGCCUUGAAGUGAUCCUGCCACUGAACAUCUGGCACCACAGCCAGAAAGCUGACAGUAUUUGUGUUCUCCUACAAAGAGGUUGGGACUAAUAUUGAGUCCCCAUCAGGGUUGACUCCACCUUCUAGUGAGCCUGCCACUGAACAUCUGGCACCAGAGCAGGAAAGCUGACAGUAUUUAUGUUCUCCUCCAGCAUAAUUUUGACUGAUCUCCAGUCCCUAUCAAGGUUGACUCCACCUUCAACUGAGCCUGCUAUUGAACAUCUGGGACCACAACAAGAAACCUAACAAUAUUUGUGUUCUCCUCAGAAGUAGUUGUGACUGAUCUCCAGUCCCCAUCCGGGUUGACUCAGCCUUCAAGUGAGCCUGCCACUGAGUAACCAGCACCACAGCAAGAACGCUGAAAGUAUUUGUAUUCUCCUCAGAAGUAGUUGUGACUGAUCUUGAGUCCCCAUCAGGGU